GACGGCGAUGCCCGCACAAGAUACAAUCCAACGUCCCAUAUCAGCUUCUGCACUUAAUAUAACCCUCCUCCACUUCAUCCCCUAUAAACCCCAUUUCGAAAAUAGGGUUUUUGUCUCUCCGCUCCGCACAGGGUGAAAGAGAGAGAAGCAAUUAUAAGGAUAUUGCAAUGGCUUUUCUUAGUAAAGUUGGGAGUAUACUGAGGCAGACAACCAGCAACCAGAUCAAUAAUGAACUUUCUGCAUCCAGGCCAUCCCUCUAUCAAGCAAUACGAUGGAUGUCUUCUUCGAAACUUUUUGUUGGAGGUGUUUCUUAUGCCACAGAUGACACUUCCCUGAAGGAAGCUUUUAGUAAAUAUGGCGAGGUGAUUGAAGCAAGAAUCAUUCUGGAUCGAGAAACUGGUAGAUCUAGAGGAUUUGGCUUUGUUACUUACACAUCCAGUGAGGAGGCCUCUAGCGCCAUCCAGGCAUUGGAUGGACAGGAUCUUCAUGGUCGUCGUAUCAGGGUGAAUUAUGCAAAUGAUAGAGCCCGUGGUAGCUUUGGAGGUGGCUUUGGUGGCGGAGGCUAUGGCAUUGGAGGAGGAGGAUAUGGCACAGGUGGAGGAGGAGGAGGCUAUACAAACAAUUAUGGAGGUAAUUAUGGUGGUCCUGGUGGGAACUAUGGAGGUGAAGACACUGGUGGUGGCAGCAACCAUGCUGGUCGAAAUGUUGGCUAUGCUGGUGGAAACGCCUUUGAUGGUAGUAGCACUGGAGCUUGGGAUUAUGGUAGUGGUGGUGGUGGUAACGUUGCUGGUGGAAACGUUGAUGAAAGUGGUGCUGGGAAUUAUGCUUUUGCUCGUGGCAGUGGUGGCAGUGAUAAUUUUGGUAGCAGCAAUAUGGGUGGCAGGUAUGAUGGAAAUGGUGGGUUGGGAUUUGGUGGCGGUGAUGAUCAAUUUGGUGGCCGUGAAGGUGGCAGCAUGGAUGAUGCAGCUGGAGGAUAUGAUCAAGAUAAACUGUUGGAAGGAAAUUUCAGGGAUGAUGAUGAUGAUGCUGGUGACUUGGCCAAAAAGGUGUGAGCGUUUGUCUUCUAUGUUGGAAGCAGUUGAACUUGCUUCUUCUCCAUAUUUAAAAUAGACAGGCAUUUUUGUUUAGUUGUUAUCGUACUUCUGAGUUGUUUCUGGAUAGUUUGCAUCAUUUAUCAAUUCGGCGCUGUGAAGAAGUAAAAAACUUUCAGUUGGUGCUUAUUUGCAAGUAAACAAAGUCUUUCACUAGAAAUAAUUGUAGUUGCAAGUACUGUGGUUACUCUGACCUGUCCAUUUGUCAGCUCAGCUGGUCCCUAAUCACAUGUACAACUUAGCUUAUUGGACAGCAUUAUAAUUAUUUGUGACAAGCAUUUCUGUUUCUGGAAAGGGAGCCUUUUUUUGGUCA